AUGGGCUUAGCUAAGGACGAUUUGCUGAUGAAAAUCACCACCAACACAGUAUGGGACAAGGAGAUUCCGCUCACCGCUUACGUGUACAUGAAUGGGGACAUUGGCAAGCUCCCUUCAGGGGCGGUGUACCCAGCCACCCCUGACUCGCUGGCCACCACGGCAACUACGAGCUCAGAUUUCUGCUCUCUUAAUGGCCUAGGAGAUUCACUGGAGACGUAUGUGCAGGAUAGCAGUCCUCCAGGGGGAUCGCUUGUGGAUCCGAGCCCAGUUGAUGCAGGCCUCCCCCUGGACCAACUAAAACAAAUGCUGUCUUCGCAGUUAGAAUAUUACUUCUCAAGGGAAAAUCUGGUAAAUGAUGCAUAUUUAUUGUCACAAAUUGAUAAUGAUCAAUAUGUACCAAUAUGGACUGUGGCAAAUUUCAAUCAAGUGAAGAAACUGACAAAAGAUAUAAAACUUAUAACAGAAGUUUUGAGAGAGUCACCAAAUGUACAAGUUGACGAGGAAGGUCAGAAGGUGAGACCAAACCACAAGAGAUGUAUUGUAAUUUUACGUGAAAUACCUGAUCACACCCCAUUGGAAGACGUAAAGGCCCUGUUCUCUGGUGAAGGUUGCCUAAAAUUAAUUUCAUGUGAAUUUGCGCACUAUAAUUCCUGGUAUGUAACUUUCGAGUCUGAUGAAGAUGCUCAACGAGCUUACAGAUUUUUGCGCGAAGUUCGUGAGUUUCAGGGAAAGCCUAUAAUGGCAAGAAUAAAGGCUAAACCUAUGAAUAGGUUACCUAUUCCUCCAGUUCCUUCCAUGGGUGUAGCUCUGAAAAAUGGCUACAGGACACCACCUGCACUUUACGACCCUAACACUUAUCAGGGGCAGCAAAGGUUUCUGUAUUCAAAUGGUAGUUCUGUGGCACCGAAUGUAAACUUUGGAAGUCAAGUUCAUGUUUAUACAUUUCAUCAGCAGCACCAGCCUUUCUAUCCACCAAAUAUGCUGCAACCCUGGACAGCAGCUAGCCCAGCAUAUUUUGAUAUUGGCAGUGUUUUCUCUGUUAAUGGAUUAGCACCAACAGGAUCUUUCGCUAAACCUCCAGCUGCUUGCUACGUCCCCCGAAAUAGAAGCAAGAGGAGUCAGCCUAUUCCCGAGCGAGGAAGCUUGUCUGAUAGUGUUGUGAAUGUUACGAGACAGCCGGUAAACUUACAUCAGUACCACCCUUUCGGAACUGGCAGCGUGACGACUGUAAGUGUGACAGUACCUAAGACUACCAGCAGCAGUGUUGCGUCUGUGGGGAAAGUGCAGCCCACAGUGACAUCAGUUGCAGCUACGACACUGGUGACUGCAACGGUCGUCGACAGCCAUUUCAAAAGUCAAUCAAUACAGCAAGAUAAUGGAGAUAUUAAUGGACCUAACCAGGGCGCCCAACUACGCACAGAAACGCAAGACUGGUUCAAGCAGAGGGAUGUUUUGACGGGAAAGGAGCCAAUGCCUCCCAGGCACAGGCUGAGACGGAGAGAGGAUGAGGUUUUAGUGACAGGGAGGACACCAGCUGUGGUAAGAGUGGCGAAGCCUGCAUCCCCAGGGGGGUACCACUGA